UUCUUGCCACGAUUUUUCCUAAAACUCUCCUCUGCAAUUUAUCAGCUCACCCAUUCCGUGUUUUCUCAAACCCAGCCAUAAAAAUCGAAUCUUUGAUAAACCCAGCAAGAAAGCUUGAGUCUUUGAUGGAGAAAACCAAGGAUCGUGAGUUUGAAGAUGGUUUUCCGACAAGCCCAUUUGUGGCAAGCUUAGAUAGAUCUUCUUCCUUGUCUGAGCCUUCCCGGAGUCCCUCCUCUUCAGAUCACUCUGCUCCCUUUACAGAAAAUGGGGAGGUAGCUGAAGCUGGGAGGAAUCAGAAGAAGAAAUUGGACAGAAAAGGAACCAGCUUUGCUUACAGAGUUCGUGAACAUGUGAAAAUGGGGCCAAAAUUCUCAGAAACAGUGAAGGGGAAGCUGAGUGUUGGAGCCAAGAUAAUAAAGAAAGGGGGCAGAGAGAAUAUAUUUAGAGACAUAUUUGGAGUGAGUGAGGGAGAAAAGUUGCUCAAAGCAUCCCAAUGUUAUCUCUCCACAACUGCUGGUCCAAUUGCUGGCAUUCUCUUCAUCUCCACACAGAAACUCUCCUUCUGCAGCGAACGAUCCAUCACCGUCCACUCCUCCUCCGGAGGCCUCAUUCGGAUCCCCUACAAGGUUUCGAUUCCGAUGAAGAAGAUAAAGGCAGCAAAUGAGAGUGGGAAUGUGAACAAUCCAACACACAAGUAUAUAGAGAUUGUGACUGAGGAUGGGUAUGAGUUUUGGUUCAUGGGAUUUGUGAGGUAUGAGAAGGCUGUGGUGAAUCUUAGAAGGGCUAUUUCCUUGCAACAUUGAGUUUUGAAAGAAUGAAAAAAAGGACAAGUUUUUCAAUUUGUAGAAAUUGAACUUUGUUUUUUUUGGAUUGAUGUGUGUGUUAGAUUAUUAUUUUUGUAAGGUUUAGGUGUGAGUUUGAUGAAAUGCAAUGUGUACAAAGUUUUCUUAGAAAUUUAUACAAGUUUUUUAAUUCUAUUA